GCUUUUAUUUUUCCUCUUUUUUAUUUUACUUUAUACCCAAUAAUCAUUGUUCGUAUAAAUGUUGGUUGGUGCAGUUGCCAAUUAAGCCUCAUCAUCAUAUAUGGGAAACUAUUCAGUUACGUUUUUUCAAUUUUUUUUUCUUUUCUUAAAUUAAGCUUUGUCUAUGUUCAAACGACAGAGGAUUUAGUAGUGUAUAGCUGAAUCAUCAGGAUGGGGCUUCUGGAUCUUUUCUAUGUUGCUUCUUUGCCAGUCAUCAAAGUUUUGUUAAUCACUGCAGUUGGAUUGUUUCUUGCUCUUGAAAAUGUCAACUUGUUAGGAAAAGAUGCAAGGAUUCAAGUCAAUCAUCUUGUGCAUUAUGUGUUCAAUCCUGCACUGGUUGGAGGAAAUUUGGCAGAUACUAUAACAUUUGAGAAUUUUGUUACACUGUGGUUUAUGCCAGUGAACAUUCUCAUUACAUUUAUAAUAGGGUCAAUUUUGGGAUGGAUCCUAGUCAAAAUCACAAGGGCUCCCAAAAACCUAGAAGGUUUGAUAAUUGGUGUCUGUUCUGCAGGAAACUUAGGAAACUUGCCUAUAAUCAUUAUCCCUGCUAUAUGCAAAGAUAAAGGUAGCCCUUUUGGAGAUCCUGAUGUCUGCUACAAAUAUGGGAUGGCAUAUGCUUCACUAUCUAUGGCUAUUGGAGCAGUUAUAUGGAGUUAUGUUUAUAACAUAAUGAGGGUUUCAGCAAGUAAAUUCCACAGAGAAAGUACUGCAAGCAUUCAUUCCAUUCAUUCUAUCCAUGCUUCAGGGGAGUUAUUAGGGCCGUUCCCUGACGAAUGCUCGCCAGAGUCGCCGUCCAAGUAUCCGGCGAAAGAGGAUGAUUCAUACAACCAACUACUUUCUUCCACAGAAGCUGGAGAAAAAUCUAAGGUAUCAAUGACAGAUAAAAUAAAGCAAAAAUUCAAAGCAAUUUUCUUCAACUCAAAUAUCAAAGCCGUAUUUUCGCCAGCAACUCUUGGAGCGAUUGUUGGAUUCAUUGUUGGUGUAAUUUCCCCGCUACGUAAUCUCCUGAUUGGAAGCAAUGCUCCACUUCAUGUGGUUGAAGAUUCUGUUACUAUGGUGGGUGAAGCAGCAAUUCCAACCAUCACCCUUAUUAUGGGUGCAAACCUCCUUAAAGGGUUGAAGGGAGCAAGAACUCCAUUUUGGACAGUCAUAGGAAUUUUGGUAGUGAGAUACAUUUUGCUGCCAAUUUUGGGUGUUCUGAUUGUUAAAUGGGCUACACAAUUGGGUUUGGUGCCUGCAGAUCCCUUAUAUCAGUUUAUGCUGCUUCUUCAAUAUGCACUUCCACCAGCUAUGGCUAUAGCAACCAUAGCACAGUUGUUCGGAGCUGGUGAAAGUGAAUGUUCAAUUAUCAUGUUAUGGACAUAUAUUUUGGCUUCAGUUGCAGUGACACUUUGGUCAACCUAUUUCAUGUGGCUUGUCGCUUAAUUUUUGUGUUCAUUGCUAUGCCUCUUAUUUAAUUUUUUUACAUGAUUGGAUUGGAGCUACUUCUAUUAUUAUUUGUAAUUUUUUAUAAGCAAGGUUUGUUCAAAUAGAUAAAAUAUGUAUCUUAUUUUUUCCCCUUCAAAAUGAUACUAUAGGUAUGUUUGUAAGUGUGUUUGUAACAAACUAUUAUGUAUCAUUUCCGUUAUGCACAAUUAUAGAUUAUAGAUGAGGUUUAGUUUUUGUA